AAAUACCAAUAAGUGAAAAUGUAAUAGACUGAGAGAGCCCAGUGUAAAUGUCACAUUACAGAUGUACUCUACAGACUAUGUGGACCUGAUGGACAGGACAGGGGAGCUGGUGAACUUGAGUGUAAAGGAGAAGAGCAUGGAGCAGGCCAGCAGUCUGAUGAAGGAGAGGCACAGCUACGUUCUCAUACGCAUCUGCAGAGGUGAUGGGACUGAAGGGCAGAAGUAUGUGCCACUCCUAAAUGACCUUGACAAGAGCCAUCCCGAGUUAGCAGAGGUCCUAAAGAAGCUGUCCAACCCAUGUAAGGAGCAGGAAAAAAAGGGUGGUCCCUCAAGGAAAGGUUCUGUCAAUCAGAUCCGGCGCAAGCCCACUGCUGGAAACAAGAAGAGCCAUCCUGGAAGACUUAAAGAUAUGAAGAAAGGAGAGGAGGAAGGCUGAAAAAGAUGGUGAUGGACAUGCAUGUAUAGAAAGCUGUGGACCACAAACAUGUAAUUGUGUUGGUGCUGUGGUUCUCUUCACUCCAAUUAUUUUUUACUUUGGUAAAUUUAGGUUGAUAAAUUAACAUUCCCAUAUAUCCCUUGUCAU